AUGGCCCAAAAAGCGUCUAAACCUGAAGAGGAGAAAGAAACGCCAGGCGCAUUUUCUCGCCUCUUGGCCUUCGUCACGGAACCGAGCGAUACAGAACUGCAGAACACCGAGCUGCAAAAAUAUCGCGAACAAGUCCUUGAAACACAGGAACUCGAAAAGAUGAAGAAAGAGCGGAGAAAAUCGCGCCGUGAAAAAGUGAAGCAUCGCCAGCAAGAAAAACUUGCAGAAUUAACGGAGAAAAAACAUCCUGCAGUUCAUCCCAUUGACGCCGGGAAAGCACGGUCUCGCACGCAACUCUACCAAUUCGACGCCACGGGAGCGUUCUACUCUUUGGAAGAAGAUGACUCCAACAGUUCGUCGCCGUCGUCGUCAAAGUCGUCCAUGACGAAAAUGAGGGCGAGCGUGGGGUCCGCCAAGACUGCCGGGACGGGGUCGGAUAGUCGCUCCUUGCAUCAGAAUUUUCUGGGACAUUCGGUCGGACCCAGCCAUUUCGCCGCUCAAGACACAGAGCAAGACCUCCUCAAAAAGUACAAGGAGAAGAGAAAACGCCGAAUUUCGCAGUUGUACACGGGCGAGCUGAUGUACCACCACGACCUCUCCUACGUCUGGGACCAUUUGACCGACCACUCCAAAUUUUACGAUAAGCUCGACGAAAUGACCCGAAUGAAAUACCCGAUUACUCCAGAAAUUCAGGAGAAACUGGACAAAAUUCAGAAACGUAUGGAAAAAGAGAAAGAGAAGAAACAGAGGAUUAAAGACGGUCGGGGUAACGUCGUGAUGCGCAGAUUUCGAAAGAUUGGGAAACGUCUUUUGCACAUGUUUCAAAAUACACAUCUUGGCUACGUGUUCAAAGUGACGCCACGCUACUACCAAAUGAUCCCCGUCGUCCCGAUUCACUGUCGGCGAUGUCGAAACUUGUUGAAGGACACGUUGGAGGUGCAUUGGACCCCGAUCGGGAUCGCUUUUGCGGUCCUCUUCCCACUCCUCGGCGUUCUCUGCUGUCUUUCCUACCGGGAAUUCGUGUGCGUCGUGUGCCAAGAAAUUUACAUGUAUGGCGACUACCCCUCCCGCUGCAGGCCCCUCGAUAAGUCGCAUCUUAUCACAGAAACGAACGUCAAGUUUAAGAGACGCUCCUUCAAGAGGGCGUCCAUGUAA